AUGGCUGAAAACCAAGACAGUGCCGCGCUCCUCAAUGGAAGCGCAAUGAAACCCGACGCCUUUGAUGGCACCAAAUCCAAGUACAUUGCUUGGAAGACGCAGAUGAAGCUCUAUGUGGUCACGCAAAGGAAGCGACUGCCAGAGCAAUCUGAUAGGGUCCUUAUGAUCCUGUCGUACAUGAAAGGAGGACACGCUGGCAAAUACGUAACCACAUACAUGAAAAAGUACGACACGGACGAGGAUACCGUGAUCAAGACUACCAAUGACCUGUGGAAAGAUUUGGACGCAGAAGCUUACGAUAGGUUGCAAGCCAUGCAGAUGGGAGCGCUGUCAGCGCAGGAGUUCUUCUCGAAGUUUGAAUUAUGCGCCUUCCAGGCAAACAUUCACAACUUCGAGGCACAUUUCCAGGAGUUAAAAUCGCUUCUAGAAAAGGCACUUAGGGCCGACAUCAUUCGGCUUCUGUAUAAUUCAUCGGAGGAACUCCCCACCACAUACGCGCUCUACAAACAAUGGGUCGCGCGCAUCGACCUGAAUCAGCAGCAGUACCGUCGGCGAAACCCACAGUCUUAG